AUGAACCGCCUAUCAACUCUUUCAUCUCACUUAACCUCCUCUUUGACCCCCCCAAGCCAUCCGCUGGAUCCCCUCACUCCAGCUGAGCUUGCGGCCGCAGUCAAAAUCAUCAAGACAUCCUAUCCUACACGCAAGCUUGGCUUUAACACAAUCACUCUUCGUGAGCCUCGCAAGGCCAAUAUGAAUGAAUGGCUCGUUGAUCCAUCUGUCCACGUUCCUCGUGAAGUUUAUUUCGUUCUCAUUGAAACUGGUGUUCCAGGUCUUAUUGAUGGUUACCUCAGCCUCACAGAUGGCCAAAUCAAACUCUUCAACCACCAGAAAAAUGCCCAACCAAUCAUCACAGCUGCAGACCUUGCAACUACUGAAAAAGUCAUCCGCACUGACCCUCUUGUAAUCGAACAGUGCCGUAUCUCAGGUAUCCCCCUAGAGGAUAUGCACAAGGUCUACUGUGACCCUUGGACUGUUGGCUUCGACGAAAAAUAUGGAACUAGCCGCCGUCUCCAACAGGCAAUCAUGUACUAUCGUUCCGAUCCUGAUGACUUCCAAUACUCCCAUGCCCUUGACUUCUGCCCCAUCAUUGAUACUGAGCUCAAAAAGGUCCUCUAUGUCAAGACUCCCACUAUCCGCAGACCCCUCUCCAAGGCCCCUCAUCCAAACUUCUAUCCAAAAGAUAUCGAGGCUGGCAUUGGAUACCGCAAGGAUAUCAAGCCUCUCAAAAUUACUCAGCCUGAAGGUGUUUCUUUCACCAUGAAUGGCAACGUCAUUUCAUGGCAAAACUUUGAGCUCCACAUUGGUGUCAAUUAUCGCGAAGGUCUUGUUCUCUCCAACGUCCGUUAUCAUGAUAAGUUCGAGGGCAGAACCCGUCCCAUCUUCCGCCGUAUCUCCAUGGCCGAUAUGAUUGUCCCCUAUGGCCACCCAGGAGACCAACACCCCCACAAGCUUGCCAUCGAUAUUGGCGAGUAUGGUUUCGGAAACUGUGUCAACCCACUCGGACUUGGAUGUGACUGCGUUGGCAAAAUUCACUACCUUGACUGGUCUUACGUUACCCGUGACGGAUCCAUCUCUACCGUCAAAAAUGCAGUCUGCAUUCAUGAGGAAGAUAACGGUCUGCUCUUCAAGCACGCAGACUUCCGUGACGAGUUCCAGACUUCCCUGGUUGCCCGUGCUCGUAAACUUGUCAUUUCCCAGAUUGCAACUGUGGGUAACUACACCUACUGUUUCUACUGGAACUUCCAUCAAGAUGCUACCAUUUCCCUCGACAUUAAGCUCACUGGUAUCCUAAACACCUACGUUGCCAAUCCAGACGAGAAAACAGAACCCUACGGUACCAAGGUUUACCCUGGAGUCAAUGCCCAAAACCAUCAACACAUGUUCUGUUUGCGUCUUGACCCGGAAAUCGAUGGAUCCGAAAACUCCGUCGCUAUGGUCGACGGUGCUACUCCUGAUAUCCCAGUCGGACACCCAGACAACAAGUACGGUAACGCCUUUUUCCCUCAACGUACCGUCUUUAAGACUUCAGGCGAGUCUAUGGUUGGCUAUGAUGGUUCCCGCUCACGCACUUGGGAUAUCUUUAACCCUAACAAGCUUCACCCAUACUCAGGCAAGCCUGUUUCUUACAAGAUUGUCUCUCGUGAAGUUCCUGCCCUGCUCCCUAAAGACGGCGGUGUAGUUGCACGCCGUGGAGCUUUUGCCAAACACGCCAUCCAUGUUGUCCCUUACAAGGAUGACCAGUUGUACCCUGCUGGCCAGCACGUUCCUCAAAGCUCUGGCUUCCCUCCUGCCGGGUUGCCCGAGUGGAUCGGCGACGGUACACAGAACGUUGACAACACUGAUAUCGUUGUUUUCCAUACUUUUGGUAUCACCCAUUUCCCAGCCCCAGAGGAUUUCCCCAUCAUGCCUGCAGAACCCAUCAUGUUGCUUCUGCGCCCUCGCAACUUCUUCCUCAUGAAUCCGGCCAUUGACGUGCCUCCCUCUUAUGCUAUCACAGCUACCGAAGUCCGUGCAAAAGAGUCGGGCGAAAGACAAAUGUACGACAAGGAUUCGGAACUCGCUUUUGGAUCUGCUGCUAUUGCCGCCGCUCCUUCCUCCACUUUUGUUCCCUCUGGUGGAUCUUGCUGCCCCAAAUAA